AUGGGAGCAAUCCUUAGUCAGCAAGGAAAAGAUAACCGCCUACACCCAGUGGCAUACAUGUCAAAAUCCUUCUCCAGCGCUGAGGCUAAUUACGAUACACAUGAUAAGGAACUCUUGGCAAUUAUCAAGGCACUGGAAGAAUGGCGGAUUUUCUUAGAAGCAACGGAUAAACCCAUCCAGGUGUUCACUGAUCAUCAAAACCUGGAAUACUGGAUGCAGGCACGGACUUUCAAUUGCAGGCAUGCUCAUUGGCGCAUCUUUCUAAGUGAUUUCAAUUUUGAGAUCCAUUAUUGCCCCGGGAAACAGUCAGGAAAACCAGACGCCCUUUCCAGAAGAUCAGAUUACGUAGAUGCCCCCACAGAGCCAGAAAUUAUGUUGCCGUCAGAAGUUUUUGCAAACACAUCAGAAGAGGAACUUGAGAUUGUCACAAGUAUUCGUGACAAACUCAGGGAAGAUCCAUCGCUAGAACCCAUCAUCAGGUUCCUCAUGGAAGACGCGGACAACGCCCCUCCGUCUAUUUGCAAAGCUUAUAAGGACUACGAUUGGGAAGAGGACUUGCUAUGGUAUUGCGGAAAGCUAGUGGUCCCAGACUCAGAAGAACUCAAGGACCAACUCCUCAAGGAAUUCCAUGACUCUCCCUUGGCAGGCCACCCCGGACAACAACGGACCCUAGAACUACUCAGCCGUAACUAUUGGUGGCCAGGAAUGAAGUCCUCUGCAAAAGAAUGGGUUGAAUGUUGCCCCAUCUGCCAAUCCAACCGUUGCGCCCACAAUCCAGUAAUAGCUCUAAAACCCUUAGAAGUCCCUCCUUUCCCAUUCCACACAAUUUCCUACGACUUCAUUACAGGUUUUCCCAGAUCAGAUGGACAUGACGCAAUAUUGGUGUUGGCCAAGGGCUUAGCGAAUCUCUUUGUCACCCAUGUUUGGAAACUCCAUGGGCUCCCGGUAAAAACUGUAUCAGAUUGGGGAACCACGUUUACCGGGAAGUUCCUCAGGGCCUUGUACCAACAAUUGGGAAUCCAACCCUCCUUCUCCUUGGCCUACCACCCCAAAUCAGAUGGACAAACCAAACGGGUUAACCAAUUCAUUGAGUUUUACCUUCAAUCUUACAUAGCAGCGGAUCACUCAGAUUGGGUAAAAUGGCUACCCCUUGCGGAGUACGCAUACAACAACGCCAAGCAUGCUGCCACAGGUAAAACCCCAUUUGAACUGGUUUAUGGAAGAAACCCCGUGAUGAGUCCGUCAACUGUGCCAGCCAACAUACCAGAAGCAGACCUUGUAGCUGAUACCCUUGCACGAGAGUGGAAAGAGGCAGAGUUGGCGCUCAGAAUGACCAAAGAACGCAUGGCAGGGACGAAAGGGGUAAUACCAGAAUACUCUGUAGGAGAAAAAGUCUGGCUGGACGGAAAGAACGUGGAACUGAGAACAAAUUCCAACAAACUGGACCCCAAACGGCUGGGACCAUUCGAAGUCACAGAAAAAAUUUCCAGCCACGCCUAUUGUCUAAAAUUGCCGGAAACUCUGAAAAUCCACGACGUGUUCUAUGUAGGACUUCUAUCCAAGACGCAUGAAUCUGCAAGCCAGCCAUUCCCAGAUCGACCCCCUCCGGAAACCAUAGAAGGGGAAGAGGAAUACGAGGUAGAACAAAUCCUGGAUUCAAAAAGACUACAAGGAAAGUGGGUUUACCUCAUCAAAUGGAAGGGCUAUGGCCCAGAAGAUAACUCCUGGGAACCCAAGGAUCUGCUAAAACAUAGUCAAGAAGAAAUCCAACGCUUCAACAAGUCGCAACUGAAAAAGGCUUGUGACUCCGCCAAGAGCCUUUAA